AUGGCUCCUGCCUCCAAGACCCCACCAACAACGCAGGAUGUCUACCUCGAUUGCGAAUGCGAUGCCGCGCUGGACAAGAUAACGGCUGCGAUCGCAAAGGCCAAGCGCGUCGUCGUCGCCGUCGGGGCUGGGAUUUCGACCUCGGCUGGCGUACCGGUGAGUUGGAUGGGUGGCGGAAGUGAGGGAGACAUUUCUGAGCUGAUUGGGGUUCUUUGGGUGAGUACAGGACUUCCGGACCAAGACUUCGGGCCUGUACGCACGUGCUGGCAAUGCCGUCGGGGGUGAUGAUCACCAGGGUGACGCUCGAGCGCGACGAGCUGCGACUGGCACCGCUGCGUCACCAACCAAGACAGCCUCAAAAGCCACCACAAAAAGAGCCGAAUCCAACUCGCUCAAAGGUCCAGCAAUGUUCACUUCUUCGGUGUAUACGGCCGUCUCGACGCGCACUGCACAUUGGCAAUUCAUGACUCGGCUCAAGCGUUCAGUCGAUCACAUCGCCUCGGCCUCCAUCCCACCCCAAUUGACCUCCUCCUCCACCGCUCUCCCCUCCUCGCCUUCUCGCUCAACUCGAGCCAGCGCGGAGAAGCGUGAAAAGGGCGUGACGAAGACGCACGCUUUCUUUGAUACGUUGCAUCGACGCGGUCAACUCGAACGGGUAUAUACCCAGAAUAUUGACGGGUUCGAACUCACCUCGGGUCAACUCGAAGAAGUAGGCAUCGAAGGCAUUCGCGUCCAGGCCGACCACGUCGAUUAUUCUGAGAGGAGCUUAGUACCGAAAGCAAAGGGGAAGGCAAAGGCAAAGGAAUGGACGGGCGAUGUCGUGCAACUGCAUGGCUCGUUGGGCAGGGUCAAGUGCUCGAGUUGUGCUUGGGUCGGUGAAUGGGACGAGAGGCAUUCAAAGGCGUUCGAAAAGGGGAUGAGUGUCGAUUGUCCGGCUUGCGUCUCACAAGGUCAGUCGCCGUGUAUUGCUUUCCCUUCGCCUAAUCAUCCUGGCGUGACUGACUCUGGAGUCGUCGCUGUGCCAUCCACCAGCCGAACUGCGCGUGUGCUGCGGCAAACGAGCGCUCGUAUUGCGAUCCUUCGUACGCCCUUCGAUCGUGCUCUACGGCGAACGCUCCCCAGCCGAGCAAUCAAUCGGGUCUAUCAUCACUUACGACCUAUCCCGCAAACCCGACUUACUGAUCGUCAUGGGCACGACGCUCAAGAUUUCCGGUUUCAAACGGCUCGUUGCGGACAUGUCGAGGGAGGUGCGCAAGAAUGGUGGGUUGGCGAUUUUCGUCAAUCGCGAGAAGAAUGGGGCGGCGAUGUGGAAAAAGGUGUUUGAUUAUCAAGGUACGUUGUGGGAGUUGAGGUCAAGUAAUUUUCGGAGUAAUCGAGCUGAUCCGACUCGAUCCGAGCACGCGCACAGUCAUUGGCUCGACGGACGAUUUCGUCGAUAGGCUCCUGAAACGAUGGAAGCAGACUCGUCCGGCGGAUUGGCAAAAGCAAGCGACGCUCAACGAUACAUUCACUGUGACGAAGCCAUCCCAAGUCGUUGUUUCCAAGCCCGUACAGCCGGUGCUACCUAUGACCCCGUCUGGUGAGUCUGCUCACCGAGAGGACUCGACUUGCUUUGCCUUGCUGAGUCAUCGAAGGUUGUCGUCUCACAGCUUCCAGCACCCGAACGCCUUUGCGCGACCCCAACUUUUCGCUCGUCGUUCCCGGUCCUGGUACACCGCCUCCCUCACCUCUCAAACGAAGGUCAUCAUGUAGUGAUCGAACCAACUUACCGAGCAUGGACAAGCUUCCGGAAACACCUUCCAAACGUCGAUCGCCCCGAUCGCCCCGGGCCGACCAAGAACAAGAACCAGGAGCCUCCUUCGACUUUGACUAUGACUAUGAUCACCUCGACCAACUCAGCAAGACUCGAUACCCACGAAUGGACCAAAUAAGCGAUCCUCCCUCGACGCCCUUUCGAAUGCCUGUUAUAUUUGUUCCCAAAUCGCCUCCGACACCGACGAGAAAAGUGUUGCCGAGGUCGCCUAGAAGGGCUGUGGCGAGGUGA